AUGAAGGAACACCAUUUCGGAAACAGAAGGGUCGAUAAAUGCUACAUGAAUAUUAAAAACAUCUAUAAAGAACCCAACAGCCACCGCCGCUUUAUACUUGGGAACCAACAAAUCAUAUUUAGUCAUGGAGAAAAAGAAGAAAAUUUAAUGAUUAAGAGGAUUUUAACUCAUUCUCAUCAUGAUUUGAAAUUUCGGGAAGAAGAUAAUUUUGUGCUUAAAAUGAAAACAGCCAUGAAAACACUGAGCAUAGCGGUGAAAACAAUCGCAAAAAAAUUUAUAACUUUAGCUCACAUUAAAAAUUCUGAUGAGCUAAUUGAUUUUCAAGUUCAAUCUCCUUUAAAUGCUCUUGACAUCGAAGCGAAGAAAACGAAAGAAAAAGAAUGA